CCUCGGCGGCGCGGGGGUCUCCGUCCCGGUCCCCCUCUCCCCCGGGGGGGCGCGGGCCGCGGUUCCCCCCAAACUCCAGCGCCGCCGGGUCCCCCCGAGGCGGCGGUGGUGACCCGCCACCGGGCGGGUGACCCUUUUCCGGGGUGACCCUUGCUCCUCCGCCGCACCCAGGAGUCCCGGAGCCUUUGCCCCGGAGGCGGAGGGAGGGGGACGCCGCAGAAACCUCCAAAAAAAAACCCUUUCACCCUGCAGGCUCCGCGUCCCCCGGGGCGGCGGGUACCUCCGGUCUGAGCGGGCCAGCCCUGCUGCUCUUCUCCUUCCGCAGGGCGACCAUGGCGGAGUUCGGGCGGACGCGGGGCAAGCGGCAGGAGGACAGCGGGCUGGGCAGCGUCCUGGACCUGCUGUUGGCCAACGCCAGGCUGGUGCUGGGGGUCACCGGGGCGGCCGUGCUCGCCAUCGCCACGCUGGCCGUCAAGCGGCUGAUCGACCGGGCCACCAGCCCUCGUGAUGAAAGUGAUCCCAAAGCCGAGCAGAAGACCCUGGAGGAGAGCUGGCAGGACUUGGCCUUGAUCAAAGCGACGCCGAAGCCCCCCAAGAAGCAGAGAAGGGAAGACCUUAGCGAGCCUCUGCUCUCUCCAGCUCGCCCACCGGUGCCAGCACCCAGGGUCUGCCCCACCCCUCUGGAGACCCCUCGGGUGGAAUCCACCCCUCCGCGCUGCCUCACGCUGCAGGAGAAGCUCCUCUCCCACUACAGCAGCCGACUGGCCGUGCCCGAGGUGCAGGUGUCCCUCGCCCCGCAGCUGGCCAGGAGCAUCUGCACCCAACUGCAGAACUUCCUACGGAGCAAGUGCCCAGAGCUGCCCUUUGGCAGCCUCUUCCUCAGCGGUCCCCUUCUUGAUGGCCUUGAGGCUCUCACAGCUGACCACAUCCACCUCAUGCUCCCGGUGGUCCUCGACACUACGCUCUGGAGCCUCAUCCCAGGAGAGGACACCGUGGUGAGGAACCCCCAGUACUGGAUGAUCAAGAGGACCGAUCUGGAGUAUUUCCCUCGUGGGUGUAGUGCCUGGGACAGGUUCAUUGUGGGUCGGUACCUCUCCUCCAACGCGCUCAACGAGACCCUCCACAAGAUGCUGGUGGCCUCCAUCAACUGGCCUGCCAUAGGCAGCCUGCUGGGGAGCGUCAUCCACCCGGUGGUGGCCUCCCAGGAGCUGAAGCUGGAAGUCAAACACGAUCAGGUUGAGCUGAGCAUCAUCCUCUUCCCGGUGGUGGAAAUGGAGGACAAGGUUCUUUUGGCUGCUCCUCCUGAAGGACUGGUGGAAAACCUCUGGCUUCAGAGCUUUUACAGGGCAGAGGUCUCGAAGGUGAAGGAGCUGGAUGCUGGUGACUCUGGGGCUCGGCAGCACUGCCUCCGCAUCCUCAACGGGGUCUGCAAGAGCCAUCCCACCCUGCACAAACUGAGCGGCAGCCCCUUGACCCACGUUGUCCUUCACCUCAGUGCCACCAGUUCGGACUGGGCAGAAGAAAGCCUUGCUGACAGGUUCCAGCAGGUCCUUGAGGAGCUGGUAGGCUACCUGGAGAAAGGGGUUCUGCCUUCUUAUUUCAACCACAAAAUCAACCUCUUCUGCGAGCUGUCGGAAGAUGAAAUCGAUGAAAUGGGCUUCAUGCUCUACAGGGCCAUCUCUGAGCCGGAGCUCCUGCUGAAGGAGAAGUGACCAGUGGGUUGGGAGCUCCUGAACAUAGGGUGUUCCUUACCCCUCUGCUGCUCCCCGCUGUGAGGGUUUGCGAAGCUUCUAGUUGACUAGUCAGUAAGAGGCGAAGUUCUUGCACUUUAUGAGAAAAAUAAUAUUUCCUGUCUGAAUAAAACGUGCCUGAGCAGAGGUGGGUGUUGGCGUAAGGAGCCUUUGGCUGGGAGGCUCAGCCAAACCCGGGGCAAAUGUAGCCCACUCCUCCAGUACCUACAGGUGAGUCCCGUCCGCUGGGUGUUGGGAGCCGACGUGAAGCAUGUUUGGUCUCUGGUUCCUGGUGUCCUCUGCCUGUCCCAGCCUGCUGUCCCAGCUCCUGGGCUCCCCUCACCCCCCCAACACCAGCUGGAGCUGGAGGGGAGCGGUUCCUCGCUGCUGCUGUGUCCUGCAGACCCCACGGGGUGCAGUGUCCCCUUGGUCUUACCGUGCCAUGCCCUCAGCCAGCUUUUGGGACAGGGUGGGAGCCUCAUCCCUCUGCUGGAUAUUGCCCAAGCGAUGACCACGGGGGGUGGGGGGUUGUCCGGGCACUUGACAAAGCAAACAGGGCUUUGGGUUUAUUCUUUGGAAACCCUUUCAGCCACCAAAAGGGGUGAGCCCAGCCCUUCCUCUUCAUCCUGCCAGUAUCGGCUCUGCCCCGAGGAAGAGGCCCUUGUCCCACACAGUGUUUUGCUGGAAGAUGUCCUGGAAAAGGUGGCAGGAAGAGCAGCUGCUGACUCCCGGGAGGCUCCUGGUAUCGGUUCCUUGGUGGUGGCUGCAGCAGGGCUGUGAGUCCCCUCCCAGUCUGUCCAGUGACCUUCUCACCCGUGUGUUGCUGCUGUCUUGGGGUCCCGUUUCCUCGGAGCCCCGUGGGAGGGUAGGAUGGGAGUGAUGCUCCGAGUAGAGUGCUUGCAGAAACUGAAGUGGUUUAUGCUUUUUAUUAAGAAGGUAUGUUUUGUUUGGGUAUUUUGGGUUUUUUUUGUGUUUUUUUUUUUCCUUUGAGUGGCUGCUAGUAGGCUUUGGUUCUGGCUGUAGACCCAGAGCGAAGUAAUAUAUUGUUAUAUUUCAUGGGAAGAGCUGUUUGUUUGCACACUGGUGGAGAUGGAGAAAUCCCGUGGACUUCAAUGUGAGCAGCUGUUGUGGUUUAGUUUUAUUUACAGCUAUCAUCUUGUUUAUGGGAAGGAAGAAAAAAAAAAUACCUGAGCUUUUCCUCCCAGUCUGAAGGUUACUGAAGUUUGUUCCUCCAACCCACUCCCCAGGUGUCAGCGAUGAGAAUAAACCUUCCCUGUAUA